CGUCAUUAUAUUGCACAUUGCACUUGAAAUGUCUUCUUCGUAAACAAUAACCAAAACAUUCCAUAUAAUAAUUUUUAUAUUUUUAAUAAAAUAACCAUUAACUAAUUAUAAUGAAGCCUUUUAUAGUAAUAAGAAAGUAUCGUGAUGAUGAUGAGCUUAAAUGUCAAGAAUUAGUUAGAGACUACAUAAUGUCAUUCGUGAAAAAGUCUUUUUAUUGCUUUUGCUUUAGAGAGAUAACAUUACAAUUCAUUAUAAUAACAUGGGCAAUACUUUUUAUAUUCAUUGGAGUGCCACUAACAUUUUGUGCCUUAACCAUACCCGGUUGUAUAUUCUUCUUGUUUUCGGGUACUUACUUCUCAUUCUACGCAAAGGCUGUAGAAAUUAUGAAGACUAAACCUAAUCAAUCACUGGUUGCAGAGUGCUAUGAGCCAUUUCUGUCUGGGUGUAAGCCAAGUGAAGCUGCUGGUAGCAUAUUUUUGGAUGAUGCGCCAUUUGAGGAAUCAUUCAAAAAUAAAUUUAGGAAAAGGAUUAUAGCAACCGUCAGUGUUAAAAAUCACAAUACGCUUUACAAUGCAGCGUGGAUCUAUCGAUUUGCUAUUGCACCGGAGUAUCCCAUUAACAAAAUAGUCGAACCAAUGAUGAAUAUCCUAAACAAGAAUUGCAUUGAACAUGGCUAUGGAUCUCUGGAGUGCACUCUUUCCGAAUGGCAAGAAGACGAAAGGGAUUUUUUUGAUAACUUAGGAUUCACCACAAGACAAAUAUAUCACAAACAAAUUAUAGGAAGUACUUUGACGGUGUUAAAGACCCAACUUUCAUGUGAUCUUCACACAGAGGAUGCUUUACAAAAGCAAAACUAAGGACUUGAAUGCGACCACAUUCAAAUGCUUUACAUUCGAAUCAUAUCACUUCUACAAACACUGCUCAAUAUUUAAGCAAAGGCUUUUUGCUUUUAUAUCCACAAAUCUUACUAAGAACACACUGUGCCCUGAUUAGUUAAUUAAUUAGAAAUUUUGUUUACUCUAUGUAGUUAUAUA